AUGUCGCAUAUUAAGAGCGUUGCUGUUAUCGGGGCUGGCCCUGGAGGCGCCAUUACAGUUGAUGCGCUAGCACAGGAGAAAUCAUUUGAUGUUAUUCGUGUCUUUGACAGACAAGAGCAUGCUGGCGGGUGUUGGGUAUCAAGAGAGGAUGAGCCACCUCGGGAAUUUGAUUUCGAUGCGCUAUCCGCACGAACAGCAGAUGCACCCCUUCAAAUUCCCGAGCAUCUGCCCUGCCGAACACCCGUAGGCUCUCAGGACCGGUUCAUGGAUUCACCCGUGUAUCCGGCCCUAGAGACGAACGUGGACGCAGGCGCCAUGUCGUUUUCUCAAGAGGCUAUCCCUCCAGUGCGAUCGCAAUGGUCGAUUGAGCGCCAUGGCGAGGAUACACCUUUCCGCCACCACACGGUGAUCCGGAAGUAUGUCGAAGAUCUGUUUAACCGCAACGGUUACCAGGAUCUUGUUCAGUACAAUACUACUGUGGAGCGCGCUAUUAAAGACCCCAGUAGCCAGAAAUGGGUGCUUACAUUGAGACGGACGGAAGUUGCCGAUGGUGUCAAGUCUGAUUAUUGGUGGUCUGAGGAGUUCGAUGCGGUUGUCGUCGCUACGGGUCAUUACGCAGUGCCGUGGAUUCCUGCGAUUCCGGGAUUGAAAGAAUUUGCGGACAGGUAUCCUGGUAGUGUGCAGCACACAAAGCACUACCGGGGGCCAGAGAAGUAUCGAGGAAAGAAAGUCAUCACUGUUGGCGCGUCUGUCUCUGCGGCAGAUACUGCGGUGAACUUGGUCGACAGCGCCCAAACACCAGUGAUUGCUGUUGUGCGUGGUCGUUACAAUGCAUACUUUGGCGAUUUGGCAUUCCAGCACCCAAAAAUCCAGCGUCGCACGCCUAUCUCGCACAUCACGAGUAGUGACCAAGGCGAGAGGACAGUGCAUUUUGAAGAUGGCACUUUUGAAUCCGGCGUUGAUCAUCUGAUUUUUGGAACUGGCUUCAGUUGGACAUUGCCUUUCUUGCCCCAAGUUGCUACGCGGAACAAUCGCGUGCCAGAUCUGUACCAGCAUGUUUUCUACCGACAUGAUCCCACACUGACCUUCGUGGGCGCUGUUGGCGCUGGCCUGACAUUCAAGGUCUUCGAAUGGCAAGCGGUUGCCGCUGCCCGCGUUUUGGCUGGCAGAGCGACCUUGCCUUCUGUUGCAGAGCAAGAAAAGUGGGAAACCAAUCGAAUUGCAGAAAAGACCGACGGGCCCGCAUUCACCGUGCUCAACCCUGAAUUUGAAGCCUACUUUGAAGGGCUCCGUCUUCUGGCCGGGGAACCUCGCGACGGCACCCCAGGACGACGCCUACCUCGGUUUGAGCAAAAGUGGCUUGAGCAUUUCAAUGAUGGCCAUGAACGCCGAAAGAAAAUGUGGCGAAAAGCCAAUGAAGCAGCCCGGCUGUAA